CCUUGUGUCCAGCUGCCCAUGGGUCUUGUGGGCACUCCUGGCCACCCUGGUUCCUUUUUUUUUGCAGGACCCACAAUCUGCCUUGCAUCCCGAGGGGCCUAGAUGCCACGUGUCAGGGUGAUGGCCACCCCAGAGCCUCAGCGUCACCCCCAAGGCCACCCAAGGCUGCCCUGGUGUUAAUCAUUGCCCAGAGCUGCUGGGCCAAGGUGGGUGUGAAAAGCUGCACGGUUCCCAGGGCUGUUUUCCUUCCAGCAGCUGCAUCCCUGAGCACCAAAACACACAGCAAACAUCUGGCAUGGUUCAGUGUUGGACACAAUGGGGACCUUGGUGGCCUCUGGAGCACAGAGGGAGGCCCAGUGGGGUGCUGGCAGGGGGGUGGGCUCAGUCCUGCCAUGCUUUGGGCUUUCUGGAGCUGGUUUCUUGGUGUCUGUGAUCCUAAUGUUUGAGAGGUGGAGGAUCUUCCCACGGAGCAGAUCUGCCCAUGGACAGCAGCUCCCAGCCAGGACAGUGUCCCAGAGAAGCCCAACUCCCUGGAAGUCUGGGUGAAGGAGAGCAGGGAGGACUUGGAAACCUCCCAGGAGGAGCUCAGAACCACCGUGACUUCACUUUGCCUCUGCCAAAGGAGCCACCAAAGGGUGGGCUAGCAGCACCCAUGUGGGAUGGUGACCCCAGUGAGAUGUCCCCGUGGUGGCAUCGCCUGGCAGCAUGGAGGUGGCCUGGCACACAGCGUGGCUGUUCCCCUGCCCAGCCCCAGUGCCACGACCAAGGGUGUGAUAGGAGCAGCCACAUCAGCUGAUGGAGACGUGGGCUAUAAAGCACCCACCCACCCUGCCCCGUGGCCACCAACCAGCCCGCCAUGGCUACCACGCUGUCCCUCCGCCUGCUCCUGGCUCUGCUGCUGCUGCUGGCCCCAGCCCUGCCUGCACCCCACGAGCGGGGGCUCAUCUUCAACUUGGACACGGGGGAGCUGUGUCUGCAGAGUGCUCAGUGCAAGAGCAGCUGCUGCCACCGCACCAGCGGCCUCAGCCUGGCCCGGUGUGCCCCGAAGGCAGCAGAGUUCCAGGAGUGCUCCCCAAAGAGCCUCUAUGGGGUCUACUACAAGUGUCCCUGUGAGAGUGGCUUGAGCUGUGACGUGGAUAAAACCAUCGUGGGCUCCAUCACCAACAGUGACUUUGGCACCUGUAAUGACCCCCAGAGAUCCAACACAUCCCAGUGAAGGCAGAGACCCCCAGGUUUCCCCCCGUGUCUCCCUGUCUUGCCUCUGCCACCCUCCUUUCCCCCUCCUCAGGGAUGUCUGGACCUGCCAGUGCUGCCCCUGCUGCUGGGGGAUGUCCAAGUAAAGAGCAUCUUCUGCCAAGCUGAUGUUUCCAU